CUAAAACCUGAAGGGAGGCUCUUUGUCUUCACAGCCACCAUGUCACCCAGGCAGGAAUCUGUUUAUCCUGAGUAUGAGACUGACACCAGCCAGACCUCGAAGCUGAUAAGGAAGUUUAAGGAGACGCCGUUCGUGCCCGUUGGGAUGGCUGGAUUUGCUGCCGUGGUUGGAUAUGGGCUGUACAGGCUGAAGCACAGAGGUGACAUGAAAAUGUCACUUCACCUGAUCCACAUGCGAGUGGCAGCCCAGGGCUUCGUGGUGGGAGCCAUAACGUGUGGUGUGCUGUAUUCCAUGUUCCAGGAAUAUGUGGUGAAGCCCAAGGAAUAAUGGAGAGUUUGUCUGAAGGCUCUGUCUUGGUGGUGGCCUGUGCACUGCAGCUCCAAACCUCAUACCAAGGGUUUCUUGAGCAAAAAGAAAAUUAUACAUGGCAUUAGAGAAUUGUUCUACUUGUGUAUGGUACAUUGUGCUGAAGCUGGAGGCUUAAAUGAUUGUGCACUGAGGGAGUGGGUAUUGGGGUCUGGUUCUCUCUGAUUGACACCACCACAUCCCAGUUUUUAGGGGAUAUAGUGGAGUACAAUCCCUUUAUCUUACCCUUCAACUCAAUCCUAAAAUUGGUGACUUCUUUGGCUGUUGUUGCCCAAAACCACAAAGUCUGAAUUGGCUUCUGUCAGAGAGUGUCAGGAGUGCCCUGCUGUCAUUUUUUAUCCUCUGCCUCCAACUUUGUAAUUUAGAAGCUUCCAGUAGCACUAAAUGACUUCUAAAAUAUUGAGAGAGAUAUAUAAACAUCUAUUUUUUUUAUUUAAGGCAUAAGUACUUGGUAUGUUCCAGCUAUUUAAAUGUUAUAUUUAUUCAUUGUUAACGAAGACACGGGCUCCCUAUUUUUGCUAUAUCUGACCCUGGGAUUACUGUAUUUUGUAACUUUAUUUACAGUGUUCUUCUGAAUAACAUCUAAAUGUAACAUUUAAAAUACAUAUUGUGAAAACUAAGCCUUGAUUUGGUGUCCUAAUGCUUUUAAAGUGUUCGACCCAGCUCUGGUUUCUGCAGUGUUGUUGCCCAUAGAAAAUUUAAAACAUUUAAAUCUCAGAAGCCCUCCUCAUCACCUUUGAGGUGUUAAAACCCUUCCCUGCAAGUUAUUUUACACUCAAACCCCUUGUACCUCCAACAGCAGUCACAAAAAUAAAAGGCAAUUUGUAAAAACACCCUUUUUCUCCUGUUAGCUUACAUUCCAUGGUGGCAGUAUCAGAUGUUACAGCUGUCUCUGUAAGAAAUAGCACAAGGUACGAACUGCACCUGUCCGUGAUAUGUUGUACAAAGCAGUGGGAGGCUAAAUACGAAUAAAAGUGAGCCCUGGCGAUAA